AUGUUCGCCGAUGCGAUAAUAACUACAGAACAAUUGAUCAAAGUUUCAGUCACCGGUCAGGGCCGAAUCGUCGCCAAGAUCCUGCCGAACGGGGCUACUGGGCUCGAGAUCGUAGAGUACCAGUACCCCUUGAAGCUCAUCGCCCCCAAACCCGCUCCUCACCACCGGAGCGCCUCGGUAUUCCUCCUAUCUUACGGCGGUGGCCUCGUCGGGGGUGACCAGGUGACACUUGCGAUAGAUGUACUCCCAAACGCAAAGUUGAGUCUGGUGACGCAAGGCCACACCAAGGUGUUCAAGUCGGCAAACCCAGAUAUCGUGACUAGGCAAACCAUGACGUUUAAUAUCCAAGACAAAGCAGCUAUUUGCCUGCUACCGGACCCGGUUCAGCCCUUCAAGGACAGCGUGUAUGAGCAGCGAAAAGUCAAGGACCGGCUUCUCGUGAGAGACGCCGUGAAGCUGGACGGGCAAGACCAGCUCCUCGCAGGCAAAGCCCUUCAAGAGGUCAUGCACCAGCAAGCCGUGUUCGGCACCCUCAUCCUUCGAGGUCGCCUCAUGACAUCCCUCGCCAACUUCUUCCUCUCCGAAUUCGCCGCGCUACCUCGUCUAGGCGCCCGUGGAUUCAAGUCAUCCAAGCCGCUAGCGGCGCAAGGCAGCGCUGAAGCAGAGCUCGAGGCGUGGAGGGCGCAACGGCUGGCUGCGGAGAAAGAGAACGGUGUCCUGUGUCGCCAUACCACCAACCAGUCUCAAACUCAUGCCAAGCUCCAUAACGAGCGAGCCUACCGCUACCACUCAAGCCUACAGGCGCCGACACAAGCCUCAAAUGCAACCGCGCUGUCCCGCGAAGCCCCCAAGGCGGCGGCGUCGUCCUCGUCGAGAGGGCGGCUACGGCCCAAGGUCGUGCGGCGAAAUGAAGAAGAGAGAGAGAAGCUAGCCCAACAAGAGGCCAAGAAGGACUCGGAGCGGGCGGCGGAGGAGCGUAGACUCAGAGGGCGAUCCCGGCUCUUCCGCGGGGGCUUCAGCUUUGGCGGUAGCGGGCGAGGCGGGUUCAUAGGAGGCGGAGCAGGCCGCAGUCGUGGUAACCAUCAAUUUGAAGGUAUUGAAAGGCCCUGGGAGGUGCGGAUCAACACCGACAAGCUCGGCUCCUCGACACCGUCAGCCCAAGAUGCAGAGGAUGCCGAAGAAGAAGAAAUGGCAUUCAUGGCUGUGCACUCUCAACCCGGUCGGAAACCCCUUGGCAUCACGCGAAAGGAGGUCAAGGAGGCUGAGACGGUUGUUGUGACUGCUGCUGAACUGGAGGCCCAGAUGAAUGAGGAUGACGACGAGGAAGUGGAGGACCUGUGGGUGGGCGAUGCUCCCAAGAGCCCUGCCCCCGUCCCUAAGCCUGACGAUAAGGUCUGGUCUGCGGCGCCCGAAGACCACGUUCGCAUCAAGACGGAGGAUGGUCAAGUACAUAGCUUCAUUCCUCCUUCCAGCGGCGCCAUCGACUUUGAUGCCAUGAGAAACGUCCCGCUUCCCGAGGACACCGCAGCGGCGGUGGGUCUCAAAGAGCCCGUAGAAGCGACGGGCAGCCGCGUGCCUUCGGUCACGGGGCCUGAAGGAUCCAAGCCACCCCGAAAGGCCAAGAAAUCAGCGGGUGUCCCAACAGAGGAAGAGGAAUGGAAGCAGGAUUCGUACGCUUACGUCCUCCAAACGCUGGCCGCCACCUCCUUGCAGGAUGAGGAAGAGGCGGCCAAAGAGGAGGGUGACGAUGGCGGUGCGGCUAGAGAGGCCACUAACGCACUCAACGAUCCCAUGCCUUUUCUCUGCAAGUUUGGUCCGAUCAUGCCGCCCUUGCGACCUAAGGCUCGCCCAGAGCCACUUAUUAAGAAUGAACCUACGGACACAGUGAUGCUUGACCAGUUGUCGGCUGUCGACCUGACGGCUGAGCAGCAUGGCAGCAGCGCUAUCGAAGCUGGUGAGGGCGAGGAUCAAGGGCCGUUUGCCCACAGUGGAUUCAUCGGUAAGCUCGUUAUCCGCAAAUCAGGCAAGGCGGAGCUCGACUUUGGGGGCAUCCGGUACCAAAUGAGCCGUGGCAUCAAAUCGUCGGGCGUCACGUCCUACAUGGUGCUUGAGGAGUCGGAAACGAAGAAGCCUGGGCAAGACGAGUACGCCGGCCGCGCCAUUGCCAUGGGCACGCUUCUUGGAAAGUUCAACUUUGGUCCCGUGUACAACGAGCAAAAGGAGUGGAUCGUCACGGAAGAGGAUUUAAAACCCCCGGCGGAGAAGGAUAACGCGUAA